GUCAAUACACUCCCGUUUUUUGUCGGUGACAAAAAUAAAACGCAGCCUAUGCAAGUGCUACCUCCGGUAACGAGGUGCGUUCGUCUGGUUACUCCUGGCGACAGGCAGGCUGGUAGGCAGAGUAUGGGGGCGCUGUUGUCGAUCUGAAGUCAGUGUGUGAGGUCGCAUUACUAUGGAAACUGGUAAACUCAUAUGUGAGGCACUCCGGUAGUGGGCUCAGAACGAAAAUAAACGAAAGCCUUCAAAGGAAUGCAAACGUGCAGCCGAAAAACUUGCGACUUUUCUCUCCUUUCGACUCGACAGCCGUCGGAACAAAUCAGAGGUAAGUGUGACAUCCACCACAGGUGUUAAAACUCACUGUGUAUAAGCAGUUGUUCAAAUUAACAAUCGUCAGAUAGGUGUGGGAGCGGUCGGUUGAUUGACAUCAUUGUUGGGGUUGUUUAUUUCACAGCAGUAAUCUAGUUCCUCUCCCUGAGUAACUUAGCCAACCCUGUGCAUAAUGAAUGCUACACACUGCACGAUAAGACAACAAAACUAUCGACCUAUAACAGGAAUACAGAAUACAGAAGCCUGAAAAGAGGUUAUAGUAAUAAUACAGAAGCCUGAAAAGAGGUUAUAGUAAAUGAGGUGAUGGUGGUAAAUGAGAACUAUUGUUAAAUGCCUUGAAUGGCACAUAUUAGUUUGGAGAGGCUUGAUGCACUGUAGGCUACUUGUGUGGUUCUAGACUCAAGAAGAAGAGACAGAGAGAUAACGGUUUUGUUUUGCCAGAUCUGAUCAGAGGUAAUCCUGUCCAAAUCCCAAAGAUGCCAUUUGCAGGUACCAGAACGAUGAGUGCACCAAAAAAACUACAGACCAAACUAAGCACUUGGACUCCACUCAACCAUCAGCUGUCCAACAACAAUAUUUUUGAAGAAAGAAGGCUUCUACUCAGGAAAUGGUUUGAUAAGUGGACGGAGGGGCAGCGUAAGCUGGUGCUGCAGGACUUCCUGUCCGGAUGCUCCCCAGCCCAACUCAGGCACCUGAAGGAGAACCUGAGUUGCCUUGUUCCAGAGCAGGUUAUGAACUUCACCACUGUUCUGCCCAGGGUCCUGUCAUUGUAUAUUUUCUCCUUCCUGGACCCCAGGAGUCUCUGCAGAUGUGCCCAGGUUAGCUGGCACUGGAAGAGUAUCGUGGAGCUGGACCAGUUAUGGAUGCCCAAAAGUCUGCGACUGGGUUGGUGCAUCAACUUUACCCCCACACCAUUUGAACAGGGUGUGUGGAAGCGCCACUAUAUAGAGACAGUAAAGGACCUUCAUGUCAGCAAACCUAAGACUCCAGUGAAGGAUGAGUUUGUUGUUCCCGAGGUACGGGCGAUUGGCCAGGAGGAGGACCAACCCAGAGAAGCACGGUCCAGAAAGGGUGUGGCUGGGGCUCCAACAGGACUUCCGCCAUGGAGGCAUGCCGACAGACACCCCACCGACACCGUACGCUUCAACUACUUAGAGAACCCUGACCCUAUCGAACAGGCUCGACUAGCACGAGCGAAAGGAAAGAGGGUAAACCUGAGCAUGGCGCUACAAGAGAGCAACAACAAGAAGAAAGCACUCUCAGCCUCUGCCUAUAAACUACGCAAGGCAAAGUCCCUGAUGUUCCUGUCUCUGGAUCUGAAGACUCGGGAGCAGAGGAGGCCAGGCUGGGCUGUCAGGAGCACUGACCAGUACCCUGUUGACAAGGACACAGCCGUGCAGCUGGCACAUAGUUCCCAGUGGAAUGCUGGGAUAUGCCCAGCUCCUGUGCACCCCCCAGUACCCAGGCUAAGUGAGGAGGGGCUCAGGGCCUCCCGGAGGCCUCAGAGGAACUCACCCAGUAAGGGCAAAGUCUAACGUCUUUCUGGUCGAAAAACUUCUGAUGUCCACUACUAUAUUUUGGGAUGCUCGUUGAUAAGACAACUCAAUUAUUGAAUCCUUUUGGUAUUCAAUUCUCCAGAGGUCCUUGUAGGACCACAAUGAGUAGAUUCAAAUUCUUCUUACAUGUAAGAAUAGCAUAUUGCCAUUACUCUAAUAGACCAUCAGAGUUUGGCAGAUUGCCGUUCACAUGGUCCAAAUCUAUUACCAGGUACUCUGACCAAAAGGGUGCCGCCUAGGCUAUUCUCUUCAAUGUACUGGUGUGCUAUGUAAGCAAUUACAUCAGUCCAUUAUGCAAUUAGCUAGUCCAUUAUGUCCACUAUAAUGUCUUUGGUUAUUGAAACAACAACAAAAAGAAUGCAGCACAGCUAUCAUACUUUACAGUUUAUUUAUGUUCACUGUAUCACUGAGCAGCUAUUUAGACUUUGUCUUCCUAACUGGAAGCAAUCCCUCUCCUCGAUGCCCCAAUUUGCCGCUCAUAUAGGACACCUAUCCCAAUUCUGCAGGGAUCUUAUCUUUAUUCAAGUUGACCUAGUUCAGAGAAUACCCUUUUGCUCACCCUAUGUUUCUAUAUUGGAACUAAGUGUGACUGACUGGUCCUCUGCUCCAUUCACACUUUUACAUUGUGCUUACCAUACUAAUUAUUUAAAGCUUCAUUUAGACGUAGCCUAGGCCUACGGUUUAUUUACACUGCCAACCAAGAAAACAUAACACGCUCAAAACGGGGGAAAGUAAGUUCUCCGUAAGUUGACUUUAUUGUAAAACGUAUUUCGCUAAUAAAUAUAAGCUACUGUUGUGUUGCUGCAGCGAUGCCCCUGUUUGAAGAACGACCAUGGAGGAUACCUUCAAGCAGAGACUCACACGAAGGCUGAACAAUAUCACCACCAUGUGGAACAUUUCAAACAGCAACGGGAUUUGAUCUCCGACUGGGAACAGGAACCAUUCAAAUGCAAACAUAUGGACUAUGGAAAUAGUCAUAUUAGCCUAAUUAUGUUAAAUUAUUUUAUCUGUCAACGUCAGUUUGCUGUCUGUGAAGUGUUACUUUUGACAUCUUAUAUUUAAUUGAAAUCGUUAAAAACGUUCAGUAAAGUUCAGUACAGUUUGCAAACUCAUUCUGCCAAGGGAUGCCAGUUGUAGCAUACAAAUUUCCCAAGUAUGCAGCAUAGCUCUGAAUGAGCUACUUGACAUGAAAUCAUAACUGUGUUCGUCUAAAAUGAUUGGAGCAGUCUGCAGUCAUGUCAAUAAAACGUAAUGCCAU